GGUCUUUUAGGUACUUUUGAGGGGUCUCUCUCCUCCCUCCUCCUCCAUUACCCAAAAAGAAACAGAACAAACUCUUUCUUUCUCCGAUCAUCCUCAUUUCUCCCAUUGAAAAUAAAGGACUUGAGGUGGGGGAAAGAAAGGUUUUUUUACUGUUUCUAGGGUUUCUAUUAUUCCAUUUUCUCAUCAUUGGAGAAUGGAAAUUUCUUCUUACUGUGAUCUUCAGAUUUUCGCCUGAGUUUUCAGAAACUUUAUUAGAUUCCCUCAAUACCCAAUUGCUAAAGACUUCACCUUUUUGUUCUCUAGCCUCUCUGAAAUUGAUUUGAUUUGUUAAUCUUGUGGGCAUAUAUUAUAACACAAUGCGGAUUCUUGUGAAUCAUCAUCUCCUUCUUCUGUUAUCUCUGCUUCCUCUAGCGGCGUUUUCCGAGGAAAACAUCACCAGCUCAUAUCUCAUUCCACGGCCAUUGAUCUUUGAGACCCAGCAGCUCAAGAACAUCGACGACAAUGUCAAUUUACUACAUUGCACGAGCUGGAGAUUCGCGGCGGAGACGAACAAUCUCGCCCCUUGGAAAACGAUUCCUGUUGAAUGCGCUGACUACGUGAAAGAUUACUUGAUGGGUAAAGGUUACGUCUUUGAUGUGGAGAGAGUCUCUGAGGAGGCUAAGAUUUAUGCUAGCAGCUUCGAAUCUAACGGUGACGGCAAAGAUGUUUGGAUUUUCGAUAUUGAUGAGACGUUAUUGUCCAAUCUUCCUUAUUAUUUGGAACAUGGUUGUGGGUUGGAAGUUUUUAAUCAUUCCAAGUUUGAUAAGUGGGUGGAGAAAGGGAUAGCACCUGCCAUAGCACCAAGCUUGAAACUUUAUAAAUUGGUUCAAGAUAUGGGUUACAAAGUUAUCUUGCUUACAGGGCGGAGAGAGAACCACAGGGUUGUCACUGUGGAAAACCUGCGCAAUGCUGGUUUCCAUAACUGGGACAAGCUUAUUCUAAGAUCGAUGGAUGAUGAUCACAAAACAGCGACCAUAUUCAAGUCUGAGAAGAGGGAUGAGAUGGUGAACGAAGGGUAUAGAAUCAGAGGCAAUUCAGGUGAUCAAUGGAGUGAUUUGUUGGGUUUUGCAAUGUCAGAAAGGUCCUUCAAACUUCCAAAUCCAAUGUAUUAUAUUCCCUGAAGGGAAGAAGACUCUAAUUCGAUUAAUCAGAGACAAUUCAGGUGACCUUGUAGCGACCUACUGUUUUUGAAGUUUGGGUUGUCAUGUAACCACUUGCUAUAUGUACUACUCACUGCAUCAGUUUCGAUGAUUGAGUUUUUAGCUGGAAAAGCUUUUUCUGCUUAAGAGUGGAUUAAUUAUCUCUCAA